AUGAUGCAGGAACUUGAGCAUUUGUUGAGAGAAUGCAAUAUCGAGUUUGAUGCACAGGAUCAUAGGAUUAUGUGUUUUCCUCACAUCAUCAAUAUCUGCGUCAAACACGUCCUCACUGCAUUCUCUGGCAUCAACCUUGCUGAUCUUGCAGAUACUUUUGUUGGCACAUUUGCAGACAAUGGUGAUGUCAAUAUUGAUGAGUACUUGGAGGCUCUCAGCAAUGAUCCAAUUGCACUUGGUUGCCAGACUGUCAAAGCUAUCCGUGCAUCUGGUCUGUGGCGUGAUGAAUUCACGCACAUCAUCAGGUCUUGUAAUUCCAGUGGUUUGUUCAAAUUUCAGGGUAAAGUCAUCCAGAUACCAGAGUACCAGCUCCUGUGGGACAUUGCAACGCAAUGGGACUCUGUAUAUUUCAUGAUCAAUCGUUUACGGGCAAUGCGUGUGGUAUGUUUUUUUUUAUAA